AUGCGGUUCCUUCCGGUUAUAAUUGUGCUCGUGCUAGGCGUUUCCUCAAGAUCAUUGGAUGCUCUGGCUUACAGUGCACCCGAGGCGCGCACCAUCGAUGCUUGCAAUGCACUUUUCUCUCUGCUGCCGGACGACGUGGUCUACCCUAACUCGACGGCGUACAUCACGGAAAACACCUACUGGUCGAACAGACAGGGCGAAGUGAAGCCAGCAUGCUUCGUCACGCCGAGGUCUACAGCCAAUGUCAGCGCCAUCGUGAAGUCUCUGAUCUCACUUCAGGCACCUUUCAGUGUCAAGGCUGGCGGACACACUGCCUUCGCCGGGGGCUCCAACGUUGAUCAAGGCGUGACAAUCGACUUGCUGAAGAUGGCCGACAUCCUCGUAUCGGACGACUCGCAAACAGUCUCUGUUGGACCUGGCAGCCGAUGGAUCCAAGUGACUGAGGUUCUCGACCCGCUGGGCCUUGCGGUGGUGGGCGGCCGGGUUUCCGACGUCGGUGUGAGCGGCCUCCUCCUCGGCGGUGGUAUAUCCUACUUUUCCGGCUUCCGGGGCUGGGCUUGCGACAAUGUGCAGAACUACGAGGUCGUCUUGUCCUCUGGAGAGGUAGUCAACGCAUCCCCGACGGAGAACAACGACCUGUUCUGGGCGCUCCGCGGCGGCGGCGGAUCCAACUUCGGCAUCGUGACCCGCUUCGAUCUCGAUGUGUUUCCCCAGGGAAAACUAUGGGCGAACGACAUCUUAUAUCCUGGUGCUCUCAACACUACUUUGAUACCCAUUUUCGCCAAUCUCACCAUUAAUGGGCUCCCAGAAGAUCCGCAGGCGCAUACCUAUUUCAUCAUGACUUACUAUCCAGAGGCGGGUGGCUUUGUGACUGCUGUCAGCAUGUAUCAUGCGACACCUCCCGCGGCAAAUACGACGCCAGCGGUCUUCGCCCCGCUUAAGUCGCCCCCAGGGAUCUUGUCAGACACGACCACCGUAGAAAACGUCUCUACAGCGCUCCUUGCCAUCAAUCAGCCAUACGGAGACCGACAGACGUGGUGGGACACGUCCGUGUUUGUCACAGGAUCCGAUUUGCUGACGGAUAUUGUGCCAUUGUGGGAAGAGGUUGUCGCUACCUUUCUCUCAGCUGCAGCUGAGAAUGCUGGACCGAAUGGCACCGCUUCAAGCGUCACGCCAUACCUUGUUUACCAGCCCAUUCCCAUGAAUGUCCUCAUGGCAAUGCAGAAGAACGGCGGCAACGCGCUGGGACUGGAAACGAGUGACGGUCCGGUGAUGCUGGUUCAGCUCACCAUCACCUGGGAUGAUGCAGCUCUGGACGACGUGAUAGAAAGUGAGUCGAGUAAUCUCAUAAAGAAAGUCGAGGCCAUGGCGGCAGAGAGAAAUGAGUUAAAGGGAUUUGUGUAUAUGAACUACGCGGGUAGUACGCAGGAGGUGCUGAAGAGGUAUGGCCCGGAAAACUAUAAAAGACUCAGGGAUGUGGCAGGGAAGUAUGAUCCCGAAGGUCUGCUACAACAAUUUUGGAAGGGCUAUUUUCAGCUAGAAGGUGUCCAGUAG